GUAUUUAAUCUUCCCACGGAGUUUACGUGCAACAGCUUUUGAAAGCAAAGUGGGAAAAAAAAGAAGUUUUAAAUUAAACAUUUAAAUUGUCUCCUGGCAUUUGGAGUAAAAUGCAGGCGAUGCUUGUAUGCUUUAUCUAAUUUCCCCGCUUUGGAAAGUUACUUUUAGGACUUUACUUGGGUCAAAAGGUAGUUAGUGAAGCUAGUUCCGCCUUUAUUUCUCACUGUGAUGGACAGCAGCGACAAGUGUCAGAAGUAAUCAGGGGUCAACGAGAUACGAGGAAAACACGUCUCCUGCCUUUGGAUAGAUUUCCACACGAGUUAAGCGGUUGUUAGAAAAGGAGCUGCUGACUGCUGAGUUUUGGACACCGAUGGAAAAUCCUGACGAUGAGGUCAACCUGCAACACAGCACAACAGGGGGUGAAGAUGGAAACUCUGGUGCGGGAACCCCUCCAACCAAACGCAAAGGCAAGUUCUCCAAAAUGGGAAGGAUCUUCAAGCCCUGGAAAUGGAGAAAGAAGAAGCCAAGUGAGAAGUUCACUGAAACAUCUAUAGCUUUGGAAAGAAAGAUUUCUGUUAGAAAAAGUCGUCAAGAGCUGAUUGCAAGAGGUGUUCUAAAGGACAUUCCAGAGAAUGAGAGCAAUGAUGUGAACCGUUCUAAAGCUCCACCAGUGAAAAAUGGGCAUCCUAUGCCAACGGAUGUGGACAGGGUGUCGGAAGCCGGGGUACGAGUGUCUCGAGGGGAUUCUGAAAUAAAGGUGAAUCCCAUCAGGAUGCUUCAGGGAGAUGAACAUCGAAGCAGAGCACUGUCCGAUGCCUCCCGAACUAACCGGGCACCUCUGGAUGUUGACUCUCAUGCACGGCUUUCUGUGGACGUAGACAGACGAAGCCGUCUGCCAUCAGAUGUUGAUAAGAGAGGAGGAUCUUUACCCCGAGGACCGCCUCAAGAUGAUAGAUACCGCAGAGAAGAGAGAAGAGAUGGAAAAGAUGACAGGGGAGAUAGAGGAAGGAAGGACAGGGAGGACAUUGAAAGAAGGGACUGGAGAGAGGAAAGAGAAAGGGAUGGGGGAGUUGACCGGAGGGAAGACAGAGACAUCAGAGAAAGGCGAGAAUGGAGAGAUGACCGAGAGAGGAGAGAUGAAAGGACAGACAGAGACAAUAGGGAAAGGAGAGAUCGUGAUGAGAGGGAACGAAGAGAUCGAGAGGAGAAAGAACGGAGAGAUCUGGAUGAGAGGGAAAGGGAAAGGAGGGAUCGGGAUGAGAGGGAAAGGAGGAAUCUGGAUCGAGAUGAGAGGGAAAGGAGGGAUCUGGAUCGAGAUGAGAGGGAAAGGAGGGAUCGGGAUCGAGAUGAGAGGGAAAGGAGGGAUCGGGAUGAGAGGGAAAGGAGGGACCACAGAGACAGGAGAGAAGAUAGGGAUCGGCGGCUUGAAAAGGAAAGGAAGGAGAACCGAGAUGACAGAGAAGACAGGGAUAGGAAAGACCUGCGAGCAGAAAGAGAUGAUAGAGAUAGGCGAGAAGACAGAGACAGGAGAGAAGACAGAGACAGAGACAAGCGAGAAGACAGAGACAGAGACAAGCGAGAAGACAGAGACAGAGACAGGCGAGAAGACCGAGACAGAGACAGGCGAGAAGACAGAGAGAGGAGAGAGGACAGGGACAGAUGGGAUGACUGGGCCAAGAGAAAUGAUAGAGAGCGCCGAGAUGAACGGGAAAAGAAGGAGGAGAAGGAAAGGAGAGAAAAGCCGGAUGACUCAAGGCCUAUACUCAGGCCUGUGUCUGAGAUAGACUUGCGGCCUUCCCUACAGAAGAGCUCCUCAGAGGACAACAAGAAGGCUCGCCCUGCCUCUGAGACUGACCGGAGGAGUACACUGCCCAGAUACACUCCAGCUGCAGAGUUCAGAGAGCGAUCAGAGUCUGCUGCUGUCCGCUUUGCCCCUGACCCAUAUCCAACACAAGACUCACAGCAGGAACCUCCCCCGCCCAAACAAGCUCUGCUUCCCCCAAAAUUCCUCACUGCCUCUUCCACUGAGUUCGGCAGGAGUCCAGCCCCCUCCACUUCUUCAUCAUCCUCCUCUUCCUCCUCCUCCUCUUCCUCCUCAUCCUCUGCUCCUGUAGCUGUGGCCAAGCCGCCAAGGACUGUCUCCCUAAUAGCUGAUGACCCACCUCGACCCUCCCUCGCUGCUCCUUCCUCAGCUGACUCUGACCCGCCGCCCCCUGUCCCUCCCCAUGCCAAGCAGCCUCCUGUCCCUCCACCCAAACCCACCAACCGCAACAGCAACGCUGCACUGCUCGCGGAGCUUUCACAGCCUGGCAGCGGUGUCAUUGUAGUCCCAGCACCCACUAAGCGCUCUCCACCAACCCCACCAAAGAGGAUGACCCCUGUCACCAAACGCCACUCUGUGGAUCCUUCCCCUCCCGGUCAGGUCCCAGAAUCUGCCACCACUGACCCCACUGCUGCGCCUGUGCUGGUGCACCCUGCUGUCCUUAAAGGAGAUAACAGUGAGGACAAAACAAAUCAGACAGCUCCUCAGCCCUCCACUGAACCUCUGCCUUUGCCGCCGUCCCACAUACCGCCAUCUCCUCCCAGGGUUCAGUCACUCCAGCCACCCAGUACCGCCUCUUCUGGUCCUGUUCCCACCAUGCAAGCGAAUCCCCCCAGCCCGACCACUGAGCCUCCCAGCCUGCCUCCAGCCAUCCCCCUACACAUCCUCAUACAGAGAGCCCUGGCCAGCCCCGGCCCAGCUCAGCCCAACCCAGACGGCUCCCAGAGGGCCCACUCUCUACUAUUUGAGUCUCCUCCAGAUUUCCUCGCCGAGGUGGGGGGUUACUCACGGCAUUCUCUUCCUAUCACCAUCGAACCUCUCAGGCUGCCAGAAGACGAUGACUUUGACAUGGAGGAGGAGAUGCGGAAACUUCAGCCUCAGAGGCCUCCCCGCCAACCUGAACUGGAGCCCCGCAGCAGGAGGGGUUUGGUUGGAGACCCCAGAGUCAGCGUCAUCCCCGAGGGCAGAGGCCCCGGGGAAAGCGAGGAGGAGUCUGACUCUGACGGUCCCAUCCUGUACAGAGACGACGAGGAUGAGGACGAUGAGGAGGGCCCUCCAAGUGGGCUGGCGAGCCGUGUGAAGAGGAAGGACACGUUAGCCCUGAAGUUGGAGAGACAAGAGAGAGAGGAGAGGGACGCUCAGGAGAACCACGACAGCAUGAGUUGGCAAAACAGGGAGCAGUGGGUCGCAGUGAGGAACAAGAUCAGCACCACGUUGACACGGCGGCUGAGUCAGAGACCGACAGCAGAGGAGCUGGAGCAGAGGAACAUUCUUCAAGCCAAGAAUGAAGCAGAUCGACGGUUAGAAAGAUGCGAGAUCAAACGGAGGCUCACCAGAAAGCUGUCCCAGAGACCCACUGUGGCCGAACUCCAGGCAAGGAAGAUCCUGCGUUUCCACGAAUACGUGGAGUGCACCCACGCCCAUGACUACGAUCGGCGAGCAGAUAAACCGUGGACCAAGCUGACUCCUGCUGACAAGGCUGCCAUCCGCAAGGAGCUCAAUGAAUUCAAGAGUUCAGAGAUGGAGGUUCACGAAGAAAGCAGGAUCUAUACCCGAUUCCAUCGACCUUAGCUGUCCGUGCUGACCAGUAAAGCACUUAAACUGGGAGUAGAGGGGCGGUACACGCCCUUCAGCCCACUAUGAGCUGAAGAUGUGGCCCACUUGGUUCGUUUUUUUCACUGACUGACUGCUAACCUGCUUCAGCUGAAGGACACCACUGUCGCUGAUCAACUGGAACCAAAGUGAAAGAAGCCACGAUCGGUUCGACUACAGCUGGUUCUCAAACAUACUCUAGUUCCUAGACUGUGGAAUUCAGGACAGGAGGAGUUUGUUUGGUGGCCUGUGCCAACACUAAAAGAGUGAGGAAAUUCCUCCUCCAUCCCACUGCUGGGUGCUCAGAGAGAGUUAGACUGAACUGGAAGGGGUUAUCUCAUGGUCCCCCUCAGGGGAAACCACUCUCACCAUGCCUUUACCUGCCUUCAUGACAUAAUUUCUCCCUUCCUUGCAGAACAGGAAGACUAAGCACAUACAGAAAUAAUUGUAGUUCCUGUUGGCACUGAUGCUGUUACCACUGAAUGAAUCCGGAGUCUGUUGAAACACUGUUUAUAUGUGCAUGUUUGGUACUAGAAAUGUCUCCCCAAAGGUGCCACACGGCACCAGCCUUACUCCUCAUGUGAUCUAACAUUUGUGUAAUUUAAAAUUUAGACAAAAUGUGAAAGAUGUUGGUACAGCCGUGUGUAGCUACUUUUGAAUCAACAGUUGAGCUCUGUGUGUAGAUCUUCAGAGCACUGAUUCCAGUCUACUGUCCUAUGGUGUGCAUUUUACUGUAUUUACUUGAUCAUUUAAAUGACCACAUAUCACUAAAUUAUCUUCUAAUAAGGCACCUUAUGUUCCUUAAUUGGAUGUAUAGAAAAUUUGAAAGUUUUGAGCCUCAAAUUCCUUGUUUAUAAUUGAAUUAUUCAAGCAGGAAAAUGUACAUAUUUUUAUUUUCCUGUCUGUUUUAUUGUACUUUGCAAUUGUAUAGAUCAAUAUAUAGAUUUGAUUAACUUUAUAUUGUAUAUCUACAGUAAUGCUGAUGUUUUAAUUGUAAAGUAUUUCUCAAAUGUUAUUUCCGAGUAGUAAUGGUACAAAAUUUACUUUUUUUUUUUUUUUUGAUACAGAGAUCUUUAAACUUUUUGCAGCCACACUGUAUAAAUGAGCAGUCCACUCAGAUAUUAAAAUAAUCUGUGAUUUUCAUUUCAACGUGGUGUGAUUAUCCCAGUCUCUUACAGCCGGUCUGCUCACUCUACAUCGUUGUAAUACUUCUGUCUGCAGGGGAGUGAGAUUUAAUAUGGAACAGUGAUUUGGAGUGAAUGAUACAUUAAGCAUAUGGCCUCCUAAAAUGACCAGAUGAGGGCAGUGUUAUAUAAAUUCACAAACCAGUCACCACCGUCUCAGAGCCUAAAUCCAAUAAUGUGGUCUAUGACAAAGACAUGUCAUGUUAAAAAUGAUAAUAAUUUCCUCCUUCACAGAUUUCUGGACCUGUGUG